AUGCGGCCUUCAAACGGUACCACGCACUGGCAGUCGGCCCGGCCUCGGCCCCCGUUCCCUGCCGGGGCGCAGCGCGAGCGAGCCAGCGCUGCCAUCUUUCAAGCUGGAUCGCGCGGAGAAAGCGGACGCUUCACGCCGGAGGAGGCCGAGGCGGUGCUGCAGCAGGCGGUGGAGGAGGACCCACUCCAGGAACUGCCGGAAGGUUUCGACGCCAGCAGCACUCUGCUCGCGGCGAACCUGCCAGACACUGUGUCCUCGAUGGAGGUGGGGGCGCACUUCUCCUGGUACGCCCCGGUGCUGCGGGUGACCAGGCUUGAAACCAAGAUGCUGGGCAACGAUGCGAGCUACCUGAUCACCUUCGUGGACACGGAGUCGGCCACUUCAGUCCUGAAGAAGUACCUGGGCCACUUCGGCUCCGGAGGCUACUCCCGGCCGGUCCGCCUCCGAGCGUUGCCGGAGCAGGAAACCGUGAGUUGA